CUUCCCAUAAUGCACGUGGGUGAAGCUGUCUGAAAGACGCCUGUACAUUCUGCCUCAGCCACAAACGCAAGCAGUGAACCACUGAGAAAUCAUCCUUCAAGGCCUGGCAGUCAGUGAGACAUGGCGACUCUACGCUUCGGACAACAUCUCAUCAAGCUCUCGGCUGUGUUUCUGCAGACUGAGCUGUCCUUCGCACUGGUCAACAGGAAGCCUGUGGUGCCUGGACAUGUGCUGGUGUGCCCACUCAGACCAGUUGAGCGUUUUCGGGAUCUUCGGCCGGAUGAGCUAGCAGAUUUGUUCUCCACCACUCAGAGAGUCGCCAACUUGGUGGAGAAACACUUCAGUGCCACCUCAAUCACCAUCGCCAUUCAGGAUGGCCCUGAAGCCGGACAAACUGUGAAGCAUGUCCACGUCCAUGUGCUGCCCAGGAAGGCUGGGGACUUUCAGCACAAUGACAGCAUCUACGAUGAGUUACAAAACCAUGAUCAAGAGGAUAAGGACAUACCAUCCAAGUGGAGAUCAGAGGAAGAAAUGGCAGCAGAAGCUUCAGAUCUGAGGAAACAGCUCUAGAAACCUGAACGGUAAAAUGGAAAAACCAAUAAAGUCAGUAAUUCAAUAAAGGCAGCACCGCCAUGAACAUAAAGUUGACAUUUGCAAUGUAAAAUAUAAUUAAAAAUAUAAUUGUAUUUUAUUUGAGUUAAUUUGAUUAUAUGUAUAUUAAAUCCUCAAAAUCUUUGCUGAAUUAUGCUGUAUAUGAAAAGUCAACCAAAAGAAAUCUAACUUGUUGCUGAAAUAUAAAAGCUACACAGUGAAUGAAUGUUUUUUUCCUCCUAAGUUCAACAGUAUUGUACAGAUGAAAGAAGGCAGUCACUGACAUUUCUUUAAUGAAACACUGAGGACAUGUGCUUGAAAAAAGUAACCAAGGUUCCUUACAGUAUUACUGUAUUAUAGAAUUUGUGUAGUAUCUGUAUUUGGACACUGUGCUUCACAGAUUUUCAGGGCCAAGUACACUGACUUCACUUUUGCCUGAAUCUAGUAUUUGAAAAUAAAGGCCCUUCUGUCAUUUA